GUCCCCUCAGGGCCGGGUGUGGGCAGGGCUUGGGCCGAGCCCACUGCUCCGGUGCCAGCCGGGUGUCCCCUCAGGAGCGGGCUCUGCGCGCUGGGGUCAGGCCCCGGUGACAGCGGCUGAUCAGGACGCUGAUCUGCAGUGCAAAUGAAGGCUCGGCCUCCUGUUGCUAUGACGAUUGAUUUCAGACGUCGCAGUGGAGAGACGGGGGGAUAAAGAGCUCAAAAAUUUAUUUCCCUGUAGCUGUGGUGCAAGCAAGAGCCAACCAACAUCAUCUGCUGCCAGUAGAAAAUCUCCAUGCCAGACCUUACCUUUGGCAUGAGGUAAAGUUGCAACUGAGGCUGUGAGGAGGAAUCAACAGGAAAAAUCCAAUUCAUGCUCAAAGAUGGAGACCUUUUAGCCAGCCAGUGAGUCCAACUGCUGCUGCACAUCUGGCAGCACCUCUGAAUGAUCACAUGACUCUUGAUAUGGAUGCAGUCCUGUCAGACUUUGUUCGGUCCACAGGGGCAGAACCAGGUCUGGCAAGAGACUUACUAGAAGGCAAGAACUGGGACCUGACAGCAGCUUUGAAUGACUAUGAGCAGCUGCGGCAGGUGCACACGGCCAACCUGCCCCAGGUGUUCAACGAGGGCAGGUUUUACAAGCAGCAGGAGCCAGAGCAGCCUCCCCAGGUGACCAAGGCUGAGAGGCCCUGCCUGCAAAGGCAGGAUGACAUCGCCCAAGAAAAGCGUCUUUCCAGGGGGAUUUCCCAUGCCAGCUCAGCCAUAGUCUCCCUGGCUCGCUCACAUGUAGCAAAUGACUGCAGCAAUGAGCAGUUCCCUUUGGAGAUGCCCAUCUACACAUUCCAGCUGCCAGACCUGAGCGUGUACAGCGAGGACUUCAGGAGCUUCAUCGAGCGGGACUUAAUUGAGCAGGCCACCAUGGUGGCAUUGGAGCAAGCAGGACGCCUCAACUGGUGGUCCACGGUGUGCACUAGCUGCAAGCGCCUGCUGCCCCUGGCCACAACGGGUGAUGGAAACUGCCUCCUGCAUGCUGCCUCUCUAGGGAUGUGGGGAUUUCACGACCGGGACCUUGUGUUACGGAAAGCCCUCUAUACUAUGAUGAGAAGUGGAGCUGAAAGGGAAGCACUGAAACGAAGAUGGAGAUGGCAACAGACUCAGCAGAAUAAGGAGUCAGGGCUGGUGUACACGGAAGAGGAGUGGGAACGCGAGUGGAACGAGCUGCUCAAGCUGGCGUCGAGCGAGCCGCGCACGCAUUUCAGCAAGAACGGGGGCACUGGUGGGGGAGUGGACAAUGCAGAAGAUCCAGUGUAUGAGAGCUUGGAAGAAUUCCAUGUUUUUGUCUUAGCCCAUAUCUUGAGAAGACCAAUUGUUGUAGUAGCAGACACGAUGUUACGAGACUCAGGAGGAGAAGCUUUUGCACCGAUACCAUUUGGAGGAAUUUAUUUGCCACUUGAAGUUCUGCCAAACAGAUGCCAUUGCUCACCUCUUGUGCUGGCCUAUGAUCAGGCCCAUUUCUCUGCUCUUGUCUCCAUGGAACAAAAAGACCAACAGAGAGAACAAGCGGUGAUCCCCCUGACUGACUCUGAACACAAGUUACUGCCUUUGCACUUUGCGGUCGAUCCUGGGAAAGACUGGGAGUGGGGAAAAGAUGACAAUGAUAACAGCAGACUGGCCAAUUUGAUUCUGUCUCUUGAGGCAAAGCUUAAUCUUCUGCACAGCUACAUGAAUGUAACCUGGAUCCGCAUCCCCUCUGAGACACGGCAGGCCCCUUUGGCUCAACCAGAAUCCCCUACAGCUUCUGCUGGAGAAGACGUGCAGUCUCUGGCUGACUCCAUGGACUCAGACCGAGAUUCCAUCUGUAGUAAUUCCAAUGGCAAUAAUGGCAAAAACGGUAAAGAAAAAGAAAAGGACAAACAAAGGAAAGAUAAAGACAAAACCAGGACCGAUUCAGUUGCCAAUAAAAUAGGAAGCCUCAGUAAAACCCUGGGAAUUAAACUGAAAAAGAACAUGGGUGGUCUUGGAGGUCUGGUGCACGGGAAGAUGAGCCGAGCCAAUUCAGGGAAUGGAAAAAAUGGUGACACAGUAGAGAAAGUCAAGGAGAAGAAGUCCAAGACUCGCAAAGGGAGCAAAGAGGAAUCUGGACAGUCUGCGAGCACGUCUCCGUCUGAAAAGACCACUCCAUCUCCGACUGACAGAGCCAGCAGCUCCCCCACUGAAAAGGUGAACACUAAACCCUUCUCUGACAAGCAGUCCGACCCAUGGAAGUACAGCACAGACGUGAAACUCAGCCUAAAUAUUUUGAGAGCUGCCAUGCAGGGUGAACGAAAGUUUAUUUUUGCUGGCCUUCUUUUGACCAGUCACAGGCAUCAGUUCCACGAGGAGAUGAUCGGCUAUUACCUGACCAGUGCCCAGGAGCGCUUCAAUGCAGAACAGGAGCAGAAAAGAAAGGAAGCUGAGAAAAAAGCUGCACUGAAUGGCUCCUCUAGUAGGAAACUGGAGCCAGAGGCAUUUUCAAAAGAAAAAUUAGAACCAUCUCCUCAGGAUAGGGCAUCACCCGUCUUACCUCAAAGCCAUACAACUCAACUGGUUUUAAAAUUCAAAGACCGCACUAGUCCCACUCCCGGGUCCUUUUCUUCACCCAGCAACGGUGCCAAGAAAAGCGGCCCCAUCCCGGUGUCUGCCCACUAUAGCCAUACCCCCCCUGUUCAAAGGCAAAGUGUCAUCCAUUUGCAUGAUGUCAACUCCAAGCCAUCGAGCUUCCAGGAUGAUACCUACAAGCCAGUGGUUGGCACCCUGAAAACCUGUGCCACCUACCCCCAGCAGAACAGAUCGCUGUCCUCGCAGAGCUACAGCCCCGCGCGGCUGCCUGGGAUGCGCACGGUGAACACGGUGGAGUCGCUGAGCUACACCAGGCCGGCCGAACACAAGUCCCAGACCUACACGAAUGGCUUCGACACCGGGGACAUCAGAGACUGCUUGGAGUACGCUGACGAGGACGCUCCUCAGAGCUGGCUGAACAACGACAAAAACCAAGGCAGAAGCACAGUUUGCCCAAUAUAUUCCAUCCAGCAGAACCGCUGUAAGAAGGAGAACUGUUCCUUUUAUGGUCGCCCUGAGACUGAAAAUUACUGUUCCUACUGCUACAAAGAGGAGUUAAAGCGCAGGGAGAGGGACAGCAAGGGACACAGGCAUUGAGAAUUCCUCCAUGACUACUUAGUUUUACCAUUUUCUUACUUACAAAGUAAACAGUGUUGGAUUGCAGUAAAAGGAAUCCUUAAAGAAUAAAGGAUUGAUGAGUAAA